CAUGAAGUAGUUAGUCAAACUCAAACAUUGGCGCUUUGAACACGUACAAUUUUCCGUGAAUCGGCCGCACGGCUGCGAGUGGUUUAUAUGCUUUCGCAUACGGUCGUUAUUUUUUUCAUUGGAUUGUGAGUGAAUACAAAUAAUAUUCGGUGAACAUUCAUAUUUUUUUAUCCCGCGGAAUUAAGUUGUUAUUCAAUUGUACAACGCAUAUGCAAAAUGUUUUGUGAAUUCAAAACUUAUAUAACGAUGCUGUGUUUGAUUGUGCGUAACAGUGCAAACCCAAUAUAAAAUAAAUAUAUGGCUAAUCAUUAUUUGUGGAGAAAGUGAGCAAACACGUUCAAUAUACAAAGACACACGAUGAGAUAUCAAUUUAUCGGUGCUUAGUGAUUCUAACCGAACCAGUAGUUUAUAUUCGGAGCCAUCACCCGAAACAUCAUUACUAGGAUUUAACUGCAUCAUAACAUCGUAUAUAACACUAAAGUGAAUGGUGUUUAACACUGAUAUUCGAAAAUGGAUGCCAACAACUUUGUGAUGUCUUCCUACCAGUUCGUGAAUUCGCUUGCUUCAUGCUACCCCAACAAUGCACAAAAUCCAAAUAAUAACCAGGCUAGCAGCGGUGGUGGACAAAGUGACGGCUAUUUUCCGCCAUCGGCUUACACCCCCAAUUUAUAUCCUGGUACUCCGCAUCAAGCACACUACUCCAACCCACAGUCAUAUAAUCCAUUGACAGCAGGAGCCGGAAAUGUGAACAGUAGCACUAACAGUGGAGGACAUCAAUCAAGUGAAAUGGUUGACUAUACACAGCUGCAGCCACAAAAAUUUCUAAUAAACCAACAACAGCAACAGCAAUCCGCCCUAAGUUCUCAAAGCUGUAAAUAUGCUAGCGAAGGAGCUAGCUCAGGUACAAAUGUAGGUAAUAAUACUAGCAAUAAUAAUAGUACCACUAGCCCCCAAGAUCUAAGCACAGCAAGUACUACUAGCGGCGGUGGCGGAGGGAACAAUCGACCGGAUAUUUCACCGAAGUUGUCCCCCAGCUCAGUGGUAGAGAAUGUGUCACGAACAAUCAAAACCCCAACGACAUCAGUUUGUUCUAGCAACACAAAUAACAAUAGUGGCAAUAUUAGCAAUCGAAAUCCAGUGAAUCAAGUGAAUUUACCCCUGGGGAGUCCAGAUGGCGAUGAAUCCGAUGCAAGUGACGAUGAUAGCGGUACAGAAGGAGGUAGCUCCCAAGGAGGGGGUAGUGGAACAAAAAAGGGAGGACCACCGCCUCAAAUUUAUCCAUGGAUGAAGCGUGUGCAUAUCGGCCAGAGUACCGUGAACGCCAAUGGAGAGACAAAACGUCAGCGGACAUCGUACACCCGCUACCAAACUCUGGAAUUGGAGAAAGAGUUUCAUUUUAAUCGAUACCUGACACGUAGACGAAGAAUCGAGAUCGCUCAUGCUCUCUGCCUUACGGAGCGUCAAAUUAAAAUUUGGUUUCAAAACCGUCGAAUGAAAUGGAAAAAGGAGCAUAAAAUGGCAUCAAUGAACAUUGUCCCGUAUCACAUGUCACCAUAUGGACAUCCUUAUCAGUUUGAUAUUCAUCCGUCACAAUUUGCACAUCUCAGUGCAUAGGACGCGUGGCACUUUUCGGGUACUGGUUAGAGACUCAACCAGCUUUAUCAGGAACAAUAUCAGGGAUAUCAAAAUAAUCAGGAUAGUGUUUUGUUCGGUGGGAACACUACACCAUCUGAUUCAACCAAGUAUAACCAAGAGUUUUGAUUUUCUCCGAUCUGACAAAAGAAUCCUGCAAUUCUUGAGAAUCAGAUGUUGGGGAGUCGCAAAACCAUUAAUUUGUAUAAUUGUGUAUAGCAAGACGGUAUUCCUGGUAGAAACUGAUGUUAGCUGCUGUUGAGGUAAAUCAUCACAUAAUAUGAAGUAGUGGUAUACUUCCUUCGAUUUUAUCAUUAAUCUCGAUUUAAAUCCGUUUUGUUUUAGGUAUAGAAUGGUUUGUAAAUAGGCGAUAAAAUCGAGGGAAGAAUCAAAAUAAUCUUCUCUAAUCAGUAUUCGAAAAGCAAGCUUCGCGUUACGUGAGGCGUCUCUUCUAGUUCGUAAGAUUGAAAUGGUGUUGUAAACGCUUUCCCAUAAUUUUUGUCUUUACCUCCAGUAUAGCAAACUUGCAUGCAAGUUUCGUGCUAUAAACAUUAGCUAAGACUCAUGUCAUCAAACUUGUAUAUGGCAAAAUUAUGGGAAGGGCGUGGGUAAAUCGUACUUGUUUAGCUUUCCUUUCUGUUGCCAAUUUUAUUAGCGUGAUUGUACAAAUGAGUAUUUUUACGUUCGUAAAACGCAUUAUAGGUACAGUUUACUUCCAGCAAAAGUUGGCAAUUUUUGGUUUUAACCUAUAAAACUGAUAUUGAUCUGAGAUACAAAACUUAUUAGAUUAUUCUUCGAUAAUUAUGUUUAUGCUCAUUACAUCGCUUGUAAAUAUGAAACAAAUAAAUUCUCUAAUUUAUUGAAAUGCUGUAGAACUAUUAUGCAGUAGGCUUAAGUAGUUAAAUACCCAAGAAGAUGCAAUAUUCAGAUUUGGCGUAAUCUAAUUCCUUAUACUCGAGAAAGCAUGUAGUAUUUGAUUGGUCAUCGAAAAAGAUAUUUUCGUUUGUAUCGUUUAUUCAAAUUUUCUAAAACAAAGUUAUGUUACCUUUAUUAUCAACCCAAUAGUCUCAAAAAUAUAGGCUGUAUUACAAUUAUCAACAAAUUCGGAUUACGCAGGGAUUAUUUCAAUGCAUCACUUUUCUAGAUGUUCAAAAUUUAAUAAUCAAGGUUUGAAAAUUAAUCAUUUUCCUAUGAAUGAACAUAUUCUAAGGUGAACGAAAUUUCAACUAAGGUAUAACGAGUGUAACUAUAAAGAACUAAAACUUAAUAAAGGAUUCUGUUUAAAUUUUCUGCAGUAAAAGAAUGGGAGCCAGAAAAUGGAAGUAAUAAAAUGCAUAACAUUCCGAGAUGACACUAUUUUACCAUUUGAAACGAUGAUGAUUCUUGUUUUGUAUCAAAUUAAACAUAGCAGUGUUACAAACUCAUCAAUCUUUUUUUGAAAAGAGAACUGUUACUAUAAUGUCAAAGCCACGUUAACGACCUCUAGUAGUUGUAGCAUAUAGCAUAAACAGGUAUCAAAUAGCAGCAUUUUGUGUUGAGUUACAUUUGAUUUUUAAUUCGAACAACUAAAAAUUUCAAAUAUUCUACUAUGAGUAAACAAUACUUACUGAUACUGAAUUAUUGGAUCGUUCCAAAAACUAAAAUCACAACGGUUGUUUAGGAUGAUUUCCUUUGUUUCGAUGAGAUUUUUUACAACUUGUGGAAUCUAGCCAGCAUUAUGGACAUCGAAUCAAAAGAUGUUUGAAAUGAAUAAAUCGACCGUACUGUGUCAUGUGUAUAUACACAUGAAAACGUGGCGUAAUACAAAUUUGUGUACGUAGAAUAAUUGUAUAACGAAUAGUUAUGAUUACGUUUUCUUUUACAACAGGAUCAAUCAUACGUUAUAUACCGGCAAGGAGUUCAUCCGAUCAAUU